AUGUCUCAGCACUUUUAUCACCAGGACCAUGCAAGAAUCCUUUCUAACUCACUGUUCGAGAAUGCAUCACAGAUGUUCUGUGAGAAAUUAUGGAAAUUUCAGAGGAAAGAUACUCAGUUUCAGGCAUUUGUGAAGAAAGUCAUAAUGAGUCGUCUCUUUAAGAUAAUUAUGAUUAGUACCGUCUCAAUGAAUGCCUUUUUUAUGGUCUUGUGGACUGAUUAUAAAACAAGAUACAGCUUGUUCAGACUUUUUGAGGUCUCAGAGCUCAUCUUUGUGUCCAUCUAUAGCUCUGAGUUCUGCAUGAAGCUCUAUGUGGACCCCAUCAACUACUGGAAGGAUGGCUACAAUCUGCUCGAUGUGGUCAUUAUCAUCAUUAUCUUCAUCCCCUACAGUCUCCGCAAGGUCAAGGGCAGGCACCACCCCUACCUCAACAUUGCCGACGGUGUGCAGUCCCUGCGCAUCCUCAAGCUUAUCGCCUACAGCCGUGGCGUCCGGACACUCAUCACUGCCAUGGGGCAGACAGCCUACACCGUGGCCUCCGUGCUCAUCCUAUUCUUCGUCCUGAUGUACAUCUUCGCCAUCCUGGGCUUCUGCCUGUUUGGGCUUCCAGAGGGAGGUGACAUGAAUAACUGGGGAAACCUGGCUUUGGCCUUCUUCACCCUCUUCAGCUUGGCCACGGUCGAUGGCUGGACAGACCUGCAGGAGCAGUUGGAUGCCCGGAAUUUGAUUCUGAGCCGCUCGUUCACCAUCAUCUUUAUCUUGCUUGCCUCCUUUGUGUUCCUCAGCAUGUUUGUGGGUGUGAUGAUCAUCCACACUGAGGACUCCAUCAAAAAGUUUGAGCGGGAGCUGAUGCUGGAGAGACACAUGAACCUCAUGGAAGAGAAGCAGGUGAUUUUGAAGCGGCAGCAGGAAGAGGUCGGCAAGCUGCUGCAGACCCAGAAAGAUCUUGACCACAAGAGUUUCACUGAACUGGUGGAGAAGUUUAAGAAGACCUUGCGGCACACUGACCCCAUGGUCUUGGAUGAUUUUGGCACUAGCCUGCCCUUCAUUGACAUCUACUUGUCCACCCUGGACAACCAGGAUGCUACGAUCUACAAGCUUCAGGAGCUGUACUACGAGAUCGUGCACGUGCUGAGCCUCAUGCUUGAAGACUUGCCCCAGAAGAAGCAGUCCCAGUCCUCGGAGAAGGUCGAUGAGAAGUAG